UUGAUGACACGGGCAAAAGGACCAUCCUGAUCCUGCACAAUACAUAAGCAUCAACAUACAACCAUUUUUGCUGUGUUUGUUAUAACUCGGCGGCAGCAUCUUAGUGUGAAUGCCGUCGUACUCCCUUUUACCCUUUCAGAACCAAGAACAUCUACAAACGUCUCCUCCGAACAAGAAAAACAGCGAAGCCACUAUCAGAAUGGAUUCAAUGGAAAUUGAUGAUGACAUUUAUAUACGUAAGAACCUCACAAUGGAAGGCCUGGUCCCCCAAGUGGAUCUUCAGAGAAGAAAAAAGAUGUGCAGAUGUGCGACUGUGUGUCUGGGGUUGCUGUGUGUUGUCCUGUUGGCUGGUAACAUAGGACAAAUUACCUACUAUGAGUUGCUCCACCGUUUGUCAUCGGCAGACCAAACUCAGGCCAGUUACAACGCUCUGACUGAAGAGACGGACCGUCUCCAAAAUCACAGUGACAUACUGACGACAGAAAGAGACCAACUGCAGAGCGACCGUGAUUCUCUAAGCGCAGAGAGAAAACAAUUAGAGGCCAGGCUGAGCAACCUGACUAAAGAAAAAGACCAGUUGCAGCAAAGUUACAAUUCUUUGUCUACCGAAAGAGAUGAGUUCAAGGCCAGUUUCAACAAUGUGGAAAACGUAAGAGACCUGUUACAAGCAAGUUACAACACCUUAAAACAGAACAGCGACCAAUUGCUGACAAGCUAUAAUGAUGUGAAGAGGAAUCUCAAGGGGUUAGAGACUCGUUUUAGUACACUGACAGCAAACAUAGAUCAGUUACGGAGCAACUACUCCUCACUGAAGAAGGACAAGGACCAGCUGCAAAGCAGCUACAGUACCCUGAGCAUGGGUAAAAACCACCUUCAGAUCAGCUACAAUUCCCUGUGGAAAGAAAAAGAACAAUUGAAAAGCAGAUAUAAUGCUCUGUGGAGGGAAAAGGAGUGGUUACAGACCAAUUACAGCAGUUUGGCUACAGGCAGAGAUCAGUCACAGAAGAAGGCAGACAAGAUGACAGUUAAAGUUAGAGACAUGCUCUGUCAGACAGGCUGGAAGAAGUUUGAUCUCAGCUGUUAUUUUACCUCAACCUUGAAGAAAAACUGGACGGAGAGCAGAAAAGCCUGCGUUGCCCAGGGAGCAGAUCUGGUAGUCAUAGACAGCAGGGAUGAACAGGUAUUUGCUAACGGGUUACUGCAAUCAGGCCAAAAUGCCUGGAUUGGUCUGACUGACAGUCUCAAAGAGGGGACUUGGAUGUGGGUGGAUGGGACCCCAGUCACCAUAGAGUUCUGGCAGCCCGGGCAGCCCAACAGCUUCAAUGGGAACCAGGACUGUGGAGAAAUGGUGCAGAAAUCAACCGGAGCAGUGGGAGAAUGGAACGAUGAUGGCUGUUUUGCUGAACAGCUCUGGAUCUGUGAGAAAUAAGACCAAAAGUAUUUACACUGUUGACAAAGGUGUGUGGCUUUGGACUGUCUAAUGUUUAUCUUGAAUGUUUAGGUCUGGUGAUAUUGUUCAAUUGUCAAAAAAUCCCAGGAAAAGACGAAACCAACAAUGAGUCAGUCCUACAAACAAGUAUUGUGUGUGUAUCCAAAGCCUGAUAGUGUAUAUCUUAUUCCUCCGUGCCACAGGGCUCCAUUGUUGUUCAGAAUCUAUUAAAAACACAUCAGAGAGUAGCACUAUUGCUCUGGGUUUACACGCUCCUUCGUUACCAUGAACACACACACACUGUAGUUUAUUUUGAAUCAAUCCCCCAUACACCAUCCUGUUACCUCUCGGCCGCCGCAUUCCUCCAAGGAACGUUGUCUGGCAUUGUCAUCCCUGCACACAAGGCAAUCACAGACCAGACUGUUCUCAUUUGUGGUUCCGCGAUGGUGGAAGGAGCUACCAAAUGUUACCAGAGCAGCGGCAUCCCUCUAGGUCUUCAAGAAUCUCUGGAAGACUCACCUCUUCCGAGAACCUCUCCUAACACCUUCAGCGCCCUAACAUGCCUAACUAGCACUUACUAUGCGCAUACCAGGCAAUUCUUUACCUGAUCUCCUUGCACUUUUUCUUACUGAACAGAUUUAGUACUUACUUCAAGGUCUCCUACUGUGCAGAGGCUUUA